UACUGUGCAAGGGUGCGACAGGGUUGAGGUCGGAGAGUGGCUACACUCACUAUACAUGGGCUGGCAAUAACUUUGAUGUUAUAUGCAGCAACAAAUAUUCGUACGUAGACUUUCUCUGUUGUGCAAGUGUGCAGAGUGAGGGCUUGAAUAUAUAUGCCUUCUGUGUUGCUGCAUUUUGGUAAGACGAUGACUGUUUGUUUUGCAUCGACGCUCUGCUGUUUGGGAACUUGGCGUUCGUAUGUAUUGCUGCUGACUUUAUUGGCAUUUGAUUUGAUGCCCACUGCUCAGAUGGUUGUAACCCAACCUGUAAACAACACAAACAAAAUAUCAUAUGAGCAGUGGGUGCGAGCUGCUUUCAAGAGUCAAUCAUUUCUCACUUUUAAUGUGCCUAUAUCGGAAGUCGGCUUGUGUGGGUCGUGGCAUUCAGGCAAUGCUCCUAUUUAUCAUUCGCUCAGAUACGAAGCUCUCUUCUACAGAACAAGCACAAACGUAACGCAUCGUUACUGUUCUAGCCAAGGAUUUUGCCUCACUGCUGUUGGGACAUACAGACUUGCUGAUCAAAUGGGAGGCAUUGAAUGGCAGCUGCAAAUGGGAAUAAGGAGAUUCCACUUUGAAUUGCAUCAAAUCUCUAGUUUAAGUCCUGUCAUUCGAAUUUGCAAGUCUCAACAGAGUUUAUGUAAUAACAUCAAGAACUGGUUUAAUCAGUUAGGCGUAUAUGACUCCUCAUCCGAUGAUGAUCCUUGUUGGGGAUUUGUUGGUGUGGAGUCAACAGACAAAUUGACAGGAUGUGAUCAUUAUUCUUUGUCUUGGACUGAAGGAUUAAGCAAAAUUCGUAACUUUAUUGAUGAGAAUACGAAUGAAAUUGUUUAUGUGCAAAUGGACUCUAGUCAGUUGGGGAAAUGUCAGAGCAACUCUGCCAUAGACGGACCCAUUUCUGACAGUUUUGGAAACACUGUAUUUACACCAAAUGACUUGCAGAGCUACAGGGACUUGAUAUCAAACAACCAAGACCAAGAAAGCAACUUUUUGUCUGUUUCAAGGUGGCCAUCAGCCAACUACCUCACAACUAUUGGAAAGAGGGUUAUUAUUGCAUCUGACUGUACAUUUGGUAAUCAAUGGAUACAUGACACAAUGCCAGAGUCUACAACAGCAUUUCUACCCUACGUGGGAGAAACAGUGUCUGCCAACCAAUUUCAUGCACUUCGAUGUGCUCAUCAACAAUCAGAUGGUAGCUUGGCAGUAAUAUCAAAUCACUUUGGUGGUAUAUAUGAGGAUCUUACAGCUUUGUUUGUUAGAGCUACGACUGAUUCUGGACAAAGUAGCUCUUAUGAAUUUCAAAAUGGCUUGGCCAGUGCUGGAGAGUUGACGACCAGAAAAGCUAAUGAUGCUUUGAAGUGUGGCUUUAGUCCACUGCUAGCUCAUGUCAACAUCCGCAGGGUUUCAGCCUGUGUGUGGACGUGGGCAGAAGGACAUUCUAGUCUUUGUGGUGACAACCUUUGUACAGCAAUAGAAGUGAACAGCGAUCCAGAAGCAAAACGGGUUGUCCAAUGGGUAAACGUUGACUGCUCAACUAGGCUAUCACUGGCUUGCAGAGCCACAUCAAAUGUUGAUGGUUGGCGAGUAAGUCGGGAGAGAUAUGAAUUUCCAACUGACGAAGACUUGAAUGAAGUAGAAGGUUGUCCUGAUGGAUCACAGUUUGAUACUCCAUUGUCUCCCAGUGAAACUGACCGUUUGGCAACUACCAUGAUUGGUGACGGUAUUGAUCGACUGUGGCUCAAAUAUAUCUCUCCAGUUACUUGCCACCCAACAAUGAAGAAUCCGCAGGAUAUUUACAUCAGUAGUCAAGGUUGUUCUAACUUGUCAUCAACAGUUCUCUCAUUAGUUUUUAUGUAUGUAGGUAUCAUCAUUAAUAUUAUAACGUAAAGUUUAGCAUUAUGGGUAGAACUACUUGAGUACUGCAGCAUUCAAGGGUAGUUUGAUAUCAUAUACCAUAGAAUUGAAAGGAAAUGUUUCUAUACAUUUUUAGAAUAUUUCUUUAGCUGUAUGCUUUGCCAAGUUUUUGUGAAAUUAGAAAUGAGAGAACACACGCACGCACACACACACACACACACACACCAGUCACACCCAGCACCUGCAAGGGUACUGUCAUAAAACACUCAAUCCUUGUAAUAAAUACAUUGGACUGGGAUCCAUUUGUGGCAGCCAUAAACUGUUGAUUAAAAUUUAUGGCU